AUGUCGCUUUGUGGGGGCUGCAAGCCCUGCUGCUGUCAGUCCAGCUGUUGCAAGCCCUGCUGCUGUCAGUCCAGCUGUUGCAAGCCCUGCUGCUGUCAGUCCAGCUGUUGCAAGCCCUGCUGCUGUCAGUCCAGCUGCUGCAAGCCCUGCUGCUGUCAGUCCAGCUGCUGCAAGCCCUGCUGCUGUCAGUCCAGCUGCUGCAAGCCCUGCUGCUCUUCAGGGUGUGGGUCAUCUUGCUGUCAGUCUAGCUGCUGCAAGCCCUGCUGUUGCCAAUCUAGCUGCUGCAAACCCUGCUGCUGUCAGUCCAGCUGCUGCAAACCCUGCUGCUGUCAGUCCAGCUGCUGCAAGCCCUGCUGCUGUCAGUCCAGCUGUUGCAAGCCCUGCUGCUGUCAGUCCAGCUGUUGCAAGCCCUGCUGUUCUUCAGGCUGUGGGUCAUCUUGCUGUCAGUCUAGCUGCUGCAAACCCUGCUGCUCUUCAGGCUGUGGGUCUUCUUGCUGUCAGUCCAGCUGCUGCAAGCCCUGCUGCUCUUCAGGCUGCGGGUCAUCUUGCUGUUAG